UAUCGGCAAAAAAGCUAUUAUCGGACAUCUCUAUCUGUAAUCUUUACAAAUAUAUAAAUAUAUCAUGCCUGCAGUUCCAGAUAAUUCAAGUCACUGAUGUCAAAUGGUUUGCAAAAAUAUUUUUACGUGCAUUACCUGAUUGUUAUUCGUAAUGUAUUUGUUUGGAAAUUGUUUUUGAAAGGAAGAAAAAUCUUUUGCCAUCAAUUCUUACGUCAAGUUAAUACACACAACUAAGAAAAGUGUGGAUUCAGUUUGAGUAUGUCAUAUUUAGUUCCACAUCAUACAUACAUAUUUCCAGAGAACAAUUUUGUGCUCAAUAACAUUUUACAAAAACAAAGAAAAUGAAAUUAAGAAUGUAUUUACAAAAGAUAACGUUUAAUUUUGAUUGACAUGGUCAGAUACAACUAUUCAUCUAAAUAUAGUUGUGUAGGGGUGAUCAAGGGUAUCUCCUCUAUGGGGGUCUUGGGGCACUAGGAGGUUAACCCCUUUACUACUGUUACCCGGGGUGGCCCUUGGCAAAGGCCUAGUACCUGACAGCCCCCUAGCCAGCGAUACGGUGAAGACCUCAACGGCGGAGCAGGCGGAAGAUUUAAGAACUACCACAAGGGCUGCGAUGGCGGAAGAAGGCUGCAGCAGAAAAGGGUCCCCAGUCGUCUUGGACUCCAUGCCACUGGACCCUGACCCGAUUCUGUCAAGGAUCGUGUGGUGGCUGUCUGUGCACCAGUGUACCCAGGUUAAACUAAGUCACGCACAGGCAUCCUCCAUUAAGGGAUACACGUCAUACUUGUUCGAGUGACCGCCGAUGAUCAAGGGUGAUGGGUCAAAUGCAGAGAAUAAUUUGACCACACCUCGUGUGUGUGACAACUUUACUUUAACAACACCGCAUCCUAGAUUAUUAGUCCUGUAGCUGAAUAAGGAAAGUGAAGCAAAACUACAGUAGAAUUGUGUGACUGAUAACGAGGACAUGGAUACAGUGUUUUCAAUAUAAGCACUAUUUAAUUGGUCUAAAGCAUUUAUGACAGCUAAUCAGGCUUAGUGGAUCUGGGUCAACUCCCAUGUGUGUGUGUACACUUCUCCAUCGCCCUUACGUCUACUUUGCUUUACCUGUUCAUUGGACUCAUUCAUGUCAAUCAAGCAGACAGUCCAGGAUGCAGACCUUGACCCAGCAUGUCCCCUUCCCUCGGGCCGCUUACUCCCAAGCCCGGGAAAACCUGGUGAAGGCCAUCCCGCCCAAACUCCUCUGCUUGCUGGCCUGCGGGGGACUGGACUGUCGUUACGAAGGACCAGACUGUUGGAAAGCGAGCCAGCAGGUCAUCCGUGGCAUUUUCUCCUCAUGGGUGACCGAUGACAUCAUCGCUAUGGCACGGCCGUCCACAAUCUUGAUUGAAAAGUUCGACGUUAUAGAACAAUUUCAGAGGUUGAAUAUAAGAUCCAUCAUAAACAUGCAAGUACCUGGCGAACAUGCGCACUGCGGACCCCCUUUGGACCCUGGAAGUGGCUUCACAUACCUGCCGCAGAUCUUCAUGGAGAAUGACAUUUAUUUCUACAACUUUGGGAUGCCAGAUUUCGGCGUGUCCUCCCUCGUCGGCAUCAUCGAUGGCGUAAAGGUGUUGGCCUUCGCUGCGGGGGAGGGAAGGGUUGCUGUGCACUGCCACGCCGGUCUGGGCAGAACAGGUGUCCUAAUAGCCUGCUACUUAGUCUACACUUUGCGGAUCAGUCCCAGUGAGGCCGUGCACUACGUCCGCAUGAAAAGGCCGCGCUCCAUCCAAACGCGAGCGCAGAUCAGUCAGGUGUUUGACUUUGCCCGCCUGCUUGGUACACAACUGAUUCAGUACCCGGACCUCGGCUUACGACACGGAGCCCCCGUCACCCUGCAGCACUACCUCAACCGCCAGGCUCUACUGCUGCACGGCCAGGAGGCACGCAAGCUCAAAUACACACCCAAGGUGGUCUACCUCCUGUGUGUGCGCCUCUCCUGCUUGGCUCUGGCGCUCCCUACAGCUCCAGAGAUUGAUGCUGAAUUAGAGAAGAGGUCCGCACUGAGGAUCUUGAGCAGGACCGUGAGGGAAACGCUGGUGUCUAAACAGCACCUGCCCUUGCUGAGGGAGCAUCACAAUAUCCCUCGGCCUGGCUCGGGCUCCGUGUGCUCCUGGGAUGAGCCGCUGGGAUUCUCGGAGAGGAAGAAAGAUUUGCUUCUCAACAAACGCAGCUACAGCGACUCCGACCUCGGCAAGAUUGCGGAUCUGGAGACGAGUCCACACGGUGCUCCUACUUUUGAGAACGAGGGUCACUGGUGUGCACAGGAUGUGAAAGGACCAGAUCGGAGACCAUUUAGCUCCAGGACACUUUUACCAGAUGUGAUGCACAAGAACCACGCUCACACGCGCAAUAUGCCGCCAAACGGCACAUUUGCCGAGAGGUCAAAGUGCACGGUCAGAAAGGCUCUACCCAAAUAUAGCUCCAACACUGAGUUGUGCAGGAACUGGCAUGAUGUGGGCACGACCCGUGUGGCCCGCGCCAUUGCCAAGGCCAUGGCGGACCAUGCUCCACCGGGAGAAGCUGUUCUGCAGCGAUCGUCUCUGCUGCAGGAGGAGGUGAACAGUAGCCAACGUGGCUGGGCUCUCAUGGUGACGGAAUCGGAUCCUCAUGUUCUGGCGUGUCUGCUGUGGACCUGGCUGGAGAAGCUCAAGGAGCCUGUUCUUAGUGUUGAAGAUGUAGCCAAGUUGUCUUGUGCAGGAAGCAACAAGCCCUUUGGCGUGCUCAACAAGUCACAGAGACACACCAUUUAUUGUUUGUUGAGCUGUGUGAGCACAGUGACCCGCCUGUGUCCACACAGAGAAGAUGCGGUGUUACAGCGGCUGAUACGGGCACUAACAAAGAGGCCUCAGGAAGACAUGGGGAGCUUUGCAAAUGUAUUGAAGAUUUUAAGGUCCAACUUGAGGGCAACUUUUCACAAUAAUUAGCUGACAUGGGGACUGUAGUCAUAAUGCCAAACUUGAACUAUUUGAUCACCAGUCAAUUGUUGGGCACAUAUAGACAAAAAAAGCGUGCACUCACAAUUUACAAUUGACUUGCAUGUUUUUGGGAUGUCGGAGGAAGACAAGAGUAUCCGGAGACCUGAAACCCACAAGGAGAAUAUGUAAACUUCACUCACAGAUUUCCUACAUUUUUGGACUGUAAAAGGCAGAGGUGCAAUAUUUGGAUUUCACUGCUAAAAUGUCAACUCCAUUUAGAUGUUUUCUACAACGUGACAUUGCCAAUGAUAAAGAUGGACAAACUAUCUGACCUAUUUUGAAGUCAUCAUAGAUAAAUACAUCACUGUACAUGGACAAAGUAUCUUCAUGGUAAUAAAAAACAA